GCGCCGUUGGGCGGCUCGGGGCGGGGGCGGUGCGCGCAGGCGCGGUGCUGGCGGAGGGGAAGUGAGGCGGGCUCGCGCGGCGCCUUUUCCGGCGGUGCUGGCUGAGGGAGCGGCGCGCAGCGGAGCCGGCCCGAGCCCGCGGGCGGCCCUCAGGCAGGACGCGGAGCCGCCGCCCCUGAGCCGGCAUCCAUGAGCUGAGGUGCCGGGGCGAGAGCCAAGGCAGGAGCCGGGCGGAGCCGCCGCCUCAGGCCCGGCGGAGGAGCGGAGCGUGGCGCGGCUCCUCUUCCGACGGCGCCCGGGCUUCACCGCCUCGCCAAGCCUCACCACCCUUCCCGCCCCGCUUCUUCCGCAGCCGCCCCAUGCGCGGCCGGCGCUGAGCCCCGCCUGCCCUUGCCCCGACACUCUCCUCCCGCGCGGACCGGCCCUGCUCCGCUUCGGCCCCCGCCCCGCGCGGGCUGCUCGGGAGGGUCGGCGUUAGCCCUCCUCUCCCCCACCCCGCACCUCGGAGGCGCCGGGCCCCUUGGAUGCCGCCGAGAUGGGCAAGGUGCUGUCCAAGAUCUUCGGUAACAAGGAGAUGCGGAUCCUGAUGCUGGGUCUGGACGCGGCUGGUAAAACCACCAUCCUGUACAAACUGAAACUGGGCCAGUCUGUCACCACCAUCCCCACCGUAGGCUUCAACGUAGAGACGGUUACUUACAAAAACGUCAAGUUCAAUGUGUGGGAUGUCGGGGGCCAGGACAAGAUCCGUCCCCUCUGGAGGCACUAUUACACGGGCACGCAAGGGUUGAUCUUUGUGGUGGACUGCGCCGAUCGUGACCGCAUCGACGAGGCCCGCCAGGAGCUACACCGCAUUAUCAACGACAGGGAGAUGCGGGACGCCAUCAUCCUCAUCUUCGCCAACAAGCAGGACCUGCCUGAUGCCAUGAAACCCCAUGAAAUCCAGGAGAAACUGGGCCUGACCCGAAUCAGGGAUAGGAAUUGGUAUGUGCAGCCCUCCUGUGCUACUACGGGGGAUGGACUUUAUGAAGGGCUGACAUGGUUAACAUCCAAUUAUAAAUCCUAAUGAGAGAACAACUAUUUAGUCUACAAAGAAUUAAAGAAAAAAAAAAUAA